UCCGAGUCGGAGUCAGUUGGCGCGCUUGCCCUCGUCCGAGCCAGCCGCCCAUUUCGAUCGCGCCACAGAUAAUAAAUAUCUCGCGGAUAUAUUCAAACUUUUUGAAACAAAAAAGUUUUUGCUAAUAAAAACGUGUUUAACUCAGUGACUGUGUGUGCAGUGUACCUACGGUUUUGUUUUUAUUAGUACAAACAUUUUCAACUCCAUAUCAGGAGGUGACAGAUGAGAGCGACGGGUGUGGCGCCAAGUUCUCAGUGCUCGUUGUGUCAGACAAGUUCCAGGGAAAGCCGCUUCUUGCCCGACACAGACUGGUGAACUCAGUGCUUCAGGAAGAACUGAAAACCAUCCACGCGUUCACACAGAAAACCCUGACGGUCGAGCAAUGGAAGUCGCAGUCGUAAAAUUGUAGAAACCAUUAUAAAAUGAUAUAGUACCUCCGUAGUUUUUCUUCAAUCCUAUACCAAAAUGUUCAACGGGAUGGAUAAUUUGUAUACCGUGAGUGUGUCGGCGCCGGGGAAGGUGAUCCUGCAUGGGGAGCAUGCCGUGGUCUAUGGGAAGACCGCCAUAGCCGUUAGUUUGGGCAUGAGGAGUUCCAUCGUGAUCAAGGAGAUCAACACAGUGAAGGACCCCGCCGUGUACAUCCACAUGCCAAGCGUGGACCUCCAGGAGGUGAUCCCACUAGCCCCCACCGUGAAGGCUCUCUUCUGCCCGCGUCUCCUCCCAGGCAUCACUGGGAAGUUCUCUUGGCGGCUACCAGACAAACUCGACCAUGACCUCCACUUAAAACGAGUCGAGGAAUUCCUCCACAUCAUCAAGCCUAACUUCGACACGCUCCCGAGCAACCAAAAGAACUCCUUACGAAGCUUUUUAUACAUGUUUUCUGGAAUAUUCGGAAGCACGAACAUGCCCGUGAAGUCCAUGGACAUCUCUAUGGGCUCCGAGCUAACAAUUGGUGCAGGAACUGGUAGUUCAGCGUCCUUUGCUGUCUGCCUGGCGGGUGCCCUCAUACAGCUCCUCAAACUGAAGAGUUCCACCAACUACGAUGCGUUCUAUGAUGAGGACUUCACGAUGACUGAGAAGGAGACCAUUUCGGAGUGGGCUUAUAACUGUGAGAAGAUCAUGCACGAAACGCCUUCUGGGAUCGACAACGCAAUAUGCACCUUCGGCUCCCUCGUCUCCUUCAAGAAGGGCACCAAGCCCAGGGCCAUCGACGCGCGGCUCAACCUUCGGAUACUGCUCGUGGACACCAGGGUGACCCGGGAGACGCGCACCCUGGUCAUGAAGGUCGCUUCAGUCCGCCAGAGGAACAUGGCGGCCGUCGAUCACAUCCUGGAGGCGUGUGACCACGUCGCUAACACUGCCACACAGGUUUUGGUUAAACUCACUAGUGGCAAAUGCGAGAUAGACUCGGAGGCUGAAUACCAGCAUUUAGCAGAGCUUUGGGACAUGAACCACUGGCUUCUGGGCGCGCUGGGCGUGUCGCACCCCGCGCUCGAGACCAUCCGGGCGGCGGCACGAGCGCGCGGCCUCGCCUGCAAGCUCACCGGCGCUGGCGGCGGCGGUUACGCAAUGGUGCUUAUCCCACCGUCCACCCCCCGUAGCACCGUGGACUCGCUCUCAGGGCAGCUGCUAGAACUCGGCUUCCGCGUCACCGAGACACGUCUAGGCGGCGCCGGCGUCUCGCUAGAGAUGUGACCCGCGCCCCCUCACAAACGCCUCAAGGACUCCUAGCGGGGGCGGAUGGGAAUUCACCCGGGGGCAAAUGAAACUCUACAGGGAAUUUAAUAAAAAUUAUGAGACAUUUGGGACUCUAAAACCUUAGAGCGUUAAGAUUUAGUGGUGUACUGAAUCGUGCUUUACCAAAGACAGCUAUAGAUAUGCUGUUAAAAAUUCUGGAAAGAUAUUUCUGAGUAUCUCUGAAAUAAACUAAACCAAUGAGCGUUACGCCAAAAAGCUCGCGGUACAAAGGAUGUUACGGAAACACUGCACCCUGUUUUAAUGGUGUAUGUGUAUUAAAAAUGGGAUAUGUCUUGAAAGUUGCAUGAAUAUCCAAUGGAUGUGAAAAAAAACUGAAAAUGAAUGCAAUGUCCACCUGAAUUCGGACAUUUUAAGACUGAGAGUGAAAGUGUCAAUGUGUUAUAAAUAUUUGUGAUAAAAACUAUUCUGUUUUGGAACUCGUUAAGUUGGUGAAGGUGAAAAUUUUAAGUGAAAAAAGUGUUUCAAAGUACAUAACUGGACUGGUGUUCGUAAUGAAUUCGUAUUACAAUUUAUUGUUCGUAGUAAAAUGUUUAUAUUUAACUUUCCAACAUUUGUGUGUAAAUGAAGCUUCCUUUUUAAAAGCUGUAUAAGUGUUGUUGACAAAAAAUGCUGAUUUGUUUUGUAUGACACAAAGUUGUGUAGCAAAUACAUAAUUAUGCAUGUAUAGAUGUUGAAGCUCUAUCAUUGUUAAAUGUUAUUAUAUGUAGUAUUAAUUAUUGCCAUGUGACUGUACAGCCAGAUACAAAAUUUUGUUAUUUGAAUAAGACAUUUUUUGGAUAUGAAUACAUCUUUUUGUACCUGACUGUACGACAAAAACCACUGUUUGCUUUCGAAUUGAGCUAAAUGUUUGGCUUUGCUAUUGUCCCCACGGGUAUAAAUAUUGACCAGGGGAAUAUGGGAAUUCCCAUAAUCCCCCACUUUUACAAUUCUUAAGUAUUUAUGUAUGUGAACGUGUUUUAUUUGAAAUCGGCUCUAAAUAAAUUGAUUCUAAUAAAUUGCUACAUUGAGCCUUGAAUAAAGUAUUAAAUUAUGAAAUUGUAUCAAAAUUUUCUUUUUUUAAGAAAGGACAGAAAUCCGAUUUGAGUGAAGUAGAGAUUUGCGUAUUAAUUUUUAAACUCGUUGCGGAGAAACGGGGAAAAUCGGGCACGGUGACUAACACACAGUAUUCGCAUUAUUAUCUCUCUCUACCCCGCCUCACUCCGUAUCAAUGGUCAGGAAAACCCUCCUAUGACUUCGUUCGUUUCAGCCGAAAAACGUCCACUGGAGGACAAAGGAUGAUUUACUUCCACCCUAACUUAAUUCUAUUGAUAAACGUCUAGCUAAAUAUAAUUUUAUGUACGUUAGUUAUAAUUUUAGAGAGUACAUAUGCGAUUGUUUUUUGUUUAUAUUAUUUAUUUAUUAGUAUAAUGUUUCUUUCGGUUCAAAAUGGCGUCGAUUUUAUGAGUGUUUUUUGAUUUUCUAUUACAUUGAUAAAGUAUAGUUGAUACCGUUGCUCUUUAUAAAGUUAUUAACGAAUUGUGUAUAUUGAAGAUGAAAUAAUCAUGUUUAUUAUCACAAAUAAUCACACUUCUUGACUCCGAAAUCGUGAAAACUCAGUAUGCCUGGCACAUAUUUAUACAAUUUACCAAAAAUUGAAGCCCUUUUGAACCAUCUAUACAUACGGGUCGUAAUGAAAUGCUUGUAUGAAUAAUUGAUGAAGUGCGAACUCCAAAUAGUAAAUAAAAAGACGUGCUAUCCUUGUCUACUUGAUAGGAGAUCAUUCCACGCGUUGAGAAUGAGAAUUGAGAAAUGUUUUAGAAGUUAAGUAAGUUCGAAUCUUGGUUCUACUCGUACUUUGAUAUGAUAUUCAUCAAACCUCGUAUUUAUGUUGAACUAAAUGAUUUGGUUUUUAAUUGUAUUUUCAAUAGAAGAUCAUUAUUGUGUACAAUUUUAUUUGCAUGUAUUAUACUUUUUAAUGCAAACAUUGCUAAAAAGGUUUUUCUUCAUAUUAUUUUAUAAAUUCAAUGGAUUUUUUAAUAAAAUGUGUUCAUUUUGAGCAUUUAUCUUAUCGAAAUCAAUAAAUAUUUAUUGUAGUGUUAUUUAAACACUGCAUAUUAAAUGGAUUUCAAUAAGCAAUCGGUAAAAAUAGCAUUUUACAGCAAAAAUAUAAACAGAAAGUGAGAAAGUGGAUUCAUGCCAAUAUUUAUUAACUACAAAUAAAAAUCCAGACUUUUAACAAACAAAUUAAUUAUACUUAAUUCAAUCAAUUUAUUCAAUUUUUAAUUUAUGUAGACCAUUUUGCAUUAUCAAUAAAUAUAAAAUUAACUUGUGCGGACUGUAGUACAAGUAAAUGAUCUGUUUGAUCUUUUAUUUCCCUGUUUAAUUCUAUCGUUAGUUGUUAAAACCAUUCCAAAUGCCCUGCAUGCGAUUGUAAUUCCAUAGCCUUUAUUAUGAAACGACGAAUACAAAUCUACACAGUAUACGCAAAUGUAGUUGAAACGGAAGGAUCACUCCUCAAAUACAUUUAAAGAAAUGUUACUCUGCGUUAUAAAAUACAAAUAUGUUAGCUAGUGCUAAGAUCCUACCGAUAUUCAUCCAAAUGUGGUAAUAAACAUCCAACUUAAAAACAUAUUUUUGUGUGAAGAUGAAAUGAGAAAAUUCCCAUAUUCCCCCCCUUCGGGGGCAGAUGAGAAAUGACCACAAACCAAUAUUAGACUGAGCUUAAGUUUGAAUCUAAUUUUUAGCGUCGUUUUAUAAUACGGGCGUAUAAGUACCCGCGGUAUCGAAUAUUAAAAAUACUUCUGCAGGACAUGUUCGGAUAUGUCCAUCUCUCUCGCUCAAACGAGAUGCUGGCAUGUGCGACUGCGACAGAGAACCGUUAUCACGGUAACAGCGUUUUAGCGGGUUGUACAAUUUGUUGUGUAAAAACGAAACUGAUAAACGCCUAGCUCUAAGUAGAUAAUUGAGUUUAUAUGUAUUUAUGCAAUUUCCGCGCUCACAAUUAGGAUAAUGGGUGCUAAUCGAUUGUAGAAUUUGUUAAAUUAUGAAAGACUACUUGAGGUAACAAUAAAACUGAAUAAAUCUUCUAUUUUGAA